AUGUCUUCUCCCAGACUCGUUCCCCUGUGGAAGGAUUUCAAAUACCUCAUAAAUGACAUUAUAGAUAAGAGCACGAGUCCUGUAGAUGACUCAAAGAAUGAAGUAGUUGUGCUGAGUGACCGUUCCCAGAUAUUAUUCAAGGAGUCUCGUCAUCCUCAAAAUAUGCCACUUAUAUGCUAUUACCUCAGUGAUGCCAAUUUCUUUGCCUCUCUUUCUUGGGUGUCAUCAAGCACGAAAGAAAUACAGGCUGUAGUAUGGAUGAAGAGCAAAACUGAGGACAUGGUUGAGAAGAGAAUUUUCUCCAUGACUGAACGAUUGCCACCCAUCCAGUCCAUGGUCCAUGCAGGUUCUUUUCACAUCCUUGUUGCCUACUGUGGAGACCUGUGUUUGCGGCUCUUUGGAGACCACUUUCGGGCGUUCAAACCCCUGGGUAUAGUGCCCUGCCGCUUCAACAUCAGCUGCCUCUGCUAUGAUCCAGAAAUGAAGAUGCUUUUGUCAGGUGUCUUUGGAGCCAUAGUCACCUGGAUCAUUGAGCGAAGUGGCAAGGGCCUCCAAAUAGCCCACAUACUUCCCAUGCCUGGUGAUGAGCUUGUCCAGGACAUUAUACUGAAUGGCCCCGACGGCUCCCUCCUAGCCCUGUGUGAGACAGUGGUGAGGGUCCUCGAGCGUCAAGGCUUUGGCCAGCUGGGAGAGAUAAAUAGCUUUAUUUCCACUGGCAGUGGCUCCUUCAUAACCUGCUGCUUCACCUGUUUUGAUCAAGGCCUUCUCUAUGCUGGAAACAAGGCUGGGAAAGUCCAAGCAUGGAACCUUAGCCGAGCCCGCUUCCUGCACAGCUUCAGGGCCCAUUCCUCAUCAGUGAUAUGUAUUCGCAGCCGACCAGAGGCCCACACCCUGCUAACAGCUGGUGGUGAAGGCUUAAUCAAGGAGUGGAACCUUACUUCAGGGAACCUACUGCGGCGGCUAGAACUUGGUGAAGAAUUGCAUCGGCUCCAAUUUAUUGAUAACAUUACAUUCUUCUGCCAGACUACUCAUAGUUUUUCCUUGCGCCGUCUGCCCUGCUUCUAUAGCCUCUUCAAUGUCUGUGGUUCAGCUCCCCUGCAGGUACGUCGAGUCCACUGUGGUGAUAACUGGCACCGGAUCCUGUGUACUACUGAGGACGGCUUGUUGCGCUUUGUGUCCCCACAAACAGGGGAUCUCCUGGUUCUCACCUGGCCCUUCUCAAUUCUGGACCGAGCUGUGGAUUGGGCCUAUGACCCAGAUAGAGAGGAGCUCUUUGUGGCAACAGGCAGCUCAGAGGUGCUGGUAUUUGAUACAACUCGCUGCCCUUGCCCAGCCAAGUAUCUAUUAUGCACCUCACCAAAUUCUCAGGACUUGGUACAGUGUCUGGCUUAUGGGCAUUUCCACCUAGGUCGGGGUCUAGAGGGGUUAAUGUUCUCUGGGCACCAGAGUGGUGUGAUAAGAGUACUUUCCCAGCACAGCUGUUCCCGAAUAGAGAAAUUCAUGCACUUUGGGGCUAUAUUGGCACUCUCUACGCUGUCAGGAGGGGUUUAUGGUGGCCGAGAAAACUCUUUGCUCUGUUCUUAUGGAAUGGAUGACUAUGUACACCUAUCAGAGGCUAUACUUGAGGGGACUAAAGUACGUCUGCGACCUCUUGCCAGCAUUCUUAGCAGCUGCCACCUAACACACCUGCUACUCUUGCCCAAGUCUGUGGGUGCCAUCACAGAGACUAACUGCCUGCGUCUCUGGAAGUUCCAUGAUGUUCUGUCCUCUGAAUCGCAGAAGAGCUCUACAUUCAUAGAGACAUUGCCUCUGCACCAGUGUGCCAUCACAUCCUUUGAUGUCUGCCUGUCCCUGAGUCUUUUUGUCACAGGUGGUAUUGAUGGUUCCGUUCGGAUCUGGGAUUUCCAUGGUAGACUAGUAGCCAUGCUGGACUCAUCAUUGCACUUUGGUCCACUCUGCUUUGCAAAUGAUCGGGGUGACCUGCUUGUUACUUUCAACCAGAGUCUUUAUCUGGUGUCCUGUUUAAAACUGCUUCCUCCAAGCCUGUUGGUUCGCCUUUCCUUUAUGAGCCUAACAGAUGAAAUUGUAGAAGUCCCUAAACCUUUCAUACCAGGCUUCUUCUUCUCCUUUGAGACCAUGUUUGUGCCAAAGUAUGUCUACCUUGGACAAGGGCAACAGGAAUUAGUGGGUCUGGAGACCCUUGUCAAUAGGCGGGCCAUUGCCUUUGACCAUACUGUGCCACAUGUUAUAGAAGAUGAAGAGGAAGGGGGCCCCAUAUUGCUAUCUACCCGCAAACAAGAUUCUUUGCAGAAAGGGGAAACUAAUUUGGUGCAGGUGAGCGAACAAGGUCACCAUUCCCAUUAUGUGAUUCCUCCCCAACUACAGCUGACAGGCUGGGAUGGACUCAACCCCUAUCAGAUAUUGCAAUACUACUUUGGUCAUGGGCGGGAAUGGCCCUUUGCCCCUGAUGGCUACAUCCCCAAUUCAGUGAUUCGUGCCCGUCUUUGGCCAGAGGGAAGCCCAAUAUACCUACAGUGUAGCCUGCAUCCACCCCAGCGGGAAUUGGAAUGGGACAAGACUCAACAAUUCUUUUUCUGGCACAGUAGGGCAAGAGCUGAAAGUGAUGUAGCUGAUCUUCCAAAAGAGAAGGAGGACGAAGACUUCAUAGGAAUGAGAAUGUCCAAGGAUGUAACUUACAGUGUCUUUACAGACACAAUAAACCGUAGUUGGCUGGGAAGAAAGAUGAGUGAAAUAACUAUUAAUAGUCUUAUUGAGACAAUCCUCAGUAUUAUGAUCCAUGCUUCUCCAUUGAAGUUCCAAUACUGUGUUGGUGCACUAGGGCAAAUCUUUGCCUCUUACCAAGUGUCUCCAUCCCUGCGCUCUGAGACAGCACAUCGCCUUCUGGAUGAUACAGCCAAUUCCAACCCACAGAUCCGAGAACUAGCCUGGGAAGGGCUGAAACGUCUAGGAAUGAUUACUCAUCUCUUUGCCAUACCUCUAGCCCAAGGAUUGAUGGACAAGGACCCAAGGGUGAGAAAUAAGGCCUUGAGCCUCAUGGCUGAUACUGGAAUCCCCUCUAAGUCUUCACUCUUAUGCUUGAUCCAGAACCGAGAAACUUUCCGUGAGAUUCAGCAGGAAAUGAUUGGAGAGGAAACCCUGGAUCAUCUGCUGGGAAUGCGGGCAACAGAUCUCCAAAUCCUUCAUGCUCAAGUGGAACAGCGACUGAAUGAAGACUUGACUUUGUCAGCUGAAGAUAAAAAGCCUUCUUUUUCUUUAUAUGUUUCAAAGGUUUCUGAACUUAAGCCUCAUGAAAGGCAACCUUCCAUAGUUCCUGAAGAACCUGAAGUGGCCACCAAGCCCAGCAAAGGCCAAAGAAGGGGCCGACCAGGGGGCAAAAGGCAUACCCGAAAAUUGUUGCGGAGUCUCAAGAAGAUAAAAGAGGGAGACUCAAAACAGAUUAGCACAGAGCCAGGUCUGUUAGAGGGUGAAAGUGAUCAGAGUGAAGCAGCACCAAUUGAGGUGGAGGAUACAGCCAUUGAUUCCAGAGGGUCUUCACCCCUAAGUAUGAUAAAGAGUUCAAAAGAGACUGUACACCCUGUAGAGAAAGAGUCUUCAAAGGAUCAUGUUAUGUUGACCCUGAAGAUGCUGAGGAAAAUACGUGACAAAAAGGGCAAGAAAAUUACCGAUCAGAAACCCAUUAAGAGGCACAAGAAGAAGAGAAAAGAAGCUGAAGUAAUUGAAGAACCUCAGCCUCCUGUACAGGUGGAACCAAAUGUGAGGAAGAUUAAGACCAGUGGGAGGGGUGCCUCUGGAGCACCUGGCCACAAGGCUGGCAUUGGAGAUGGUUCAUCAUGGCGGGAUGAUCUAUGUCGUCUCAUGACCCUAAGGAUAUCUGGUUCCCAAACAAAAAUGUCAGAAGCUGUAAGCACUGAGGUAGUAACCAUGGCUCAGGAGAUGCUGGCCGAUAGACACCCCAGCUGGGACCUCUUCCAGAAGAUCUGCCCCCUAUUGAAGAAGAAAAGCCAGGACCUGCUUGAGGACCUUGAAUGGGAUGUUGCCUGGCCAGAGGAGAAACCAAUUUUUAUCCAUGAAGAAGCAAUUAGAGAGGACAUGAUAAUCAGAGAUGAGGAAGAAGGAAUACCAGAGAGUCAAGAGCAAGUGCAAGAGAAAGCAGAGGAUAUGCAAGAGGUGGAGCAAACUCGGUUGAUAACAAAAAAAGGCAAGAAAAAGAAAGUUAUUUUUUUAGAAUCAGCUGACUUAAUGAAGGGAAAACGAAAAUCAAGGAAAGAAGAGAAGAAAUUCCCUAAGAAGUUAUCUAAGCAAGAGAGGAAAACAGCCCAGCAGGAAAUAAAAGUGGAUAAAAAAGAGAGGGAAGUGACCAAAGAAGAGAGAGAUGUGAGUGAGGAAGUCAGAGAAAUGGUAGAAGUAGAGGGGAAAGUGAUUGAACAAGAAGCAAGACCAGUUACAGUUGACAGGAAGCUGAUUUGGCAGGAGUGGAGAAAAUCCUGGGAUCAAUGGAAACAGAUCCAAGAUGAGACAGAGAGAUCCUGGGUUGAAUGGAAGCACGAUUGGGACAGGUGGUGUCAUGAACAUGGGAUUGAAGUGGAACUUUUUGCAGAUGAAGAAAAGCUGGAUGGGGAUGAGAGGAAGCUGAGAUGGGAUGAAUGGAGACAGGUCUUGGAGGAGAUUUUGCUUGUCAGGCCCAAGGAGCAACUUUCUGAGGAUGAGGAAGAAUUGGGCAUGGAAGAAGAAUUACCUCAGGAGUGGGAAGAAGAAGAGUUAGUUACAGAAGAGCAGAGAAAUCUCCAAGAAGAAGAGAAACGGGCCUGGGUAGAGAGGAAACAAGCCCAAGCUGAAAGAAAACGAGCCAGAGAAGAGAAGAAACUGGCACAACAAGAAGAAAAACUAGCACAAGAAGAGAGAAAACUGGCCCAAGAAGAAAAAAAACUGGCCCAAGAAUAUGGGAAAAUGGCCAAGGGUAAGGGGAAAAUGGCUCGAGCAGAGAGGAAACUUGCCCAGAAAGAGGAAAAACUGGCACAAAAAGAGGAGAAUAUGAGCCAGGAAGCAGAGAAAUUGGCUCAGAAAAGGAAGAAAGUGGCCAAGAAAUUGGAGGCAUUGGCCCAAGAAGAAGAGAAACUAGCAAAGAAAGUGGGGAAACUGGCUGAGGUAAAAAGAAAACUGGUUCAGGAAAUGGAAAAACUGGCCCAAAGGGAGGAAAAUCUGACAGAGAAGGAAAAUGAGCUGGCCCAGGAAUUGGAGAAACUGGCUCAGGAAGAGGAUGAACUGACUUGGAAAGAAGAACAACUGAAUCAAGAAGAAAAGAAACUGGCUGAGGAAAAGGAGGAACAGAUUCAGGAAGAGAAGAGAUUGAUCUGGCAAGAAGGGGAACUGGAUGAGGAAGAGCAAAAACUGGUUGAAGAAGAAGAGCUGCUGAUCCAGGAAGAGACAAAUCUGGCCCAGGAAAAAAAUAUACCUGAGGCACAGAAAAGACUGUUCCAGAAAAGGGAGCAGUUGACCAAGAACAAGGAAAAAUUGUUUCAGGAAAGGGAAAAAUUGUUCCAGGAUCAGGAGAAACUCAUACAGAACAAGAAGAUACUAGCACAGAAGGAGACAAAUCUGGCUGAGGAAAAGGAGAAUUUGUCUGAGGAGAAGAAAAUCUUGGCUCAUAGAAAAGAGACCCUCCUCCAGAACAAAGAAACCAUCAUCCAGAACAGUGAGAAAUUAGUCCACAUAAAGAAGAAUCUGGAUAACCUUAAGGAGAAACUGUUUCAGGUAGAGGAGAAGCUGAUACAGGAAAAGGAGAUACUUACCCAGAAGAAGAAGAAAUUAAUGUACAUAGAGGAGAAACUGGCCCAAGCAGGGGAAAGUCUGGCUGAAAAACAGGAGAAACUGGCCCAGGAAAAAAUUGAACUAACCAUGGAUAAGAGGGCAGUGUUUCAAGAAAAGAAACCACUCAAAAAUGAGUGGGAUAUUGCUAAAGAAAAAAAAGCAUUGAACAUGGAAAUGAUUAAAUUGGCCGAAGAGAAGAGACUGGCUGAGGAAAAGGAAAAUCUUUUCAGAGAGGAGACUCAAGGCACCCCCACACAGAGACAACUGGCUGAAGGUGAACUAGAAAUAAUUAGGAAGAAAUUGUCCCUAGAGGAGAAGAUACUGGCAUAUGAAGAUAGGAUAUUGGCCACAGAGGACAAGAAUAUUGCCCACAGAAAAUUGGAAUAUGCUAGAGCGGACAGAGUAUAUGCCCAAGAAGAAAGGAAGUUAGUCAGAGCAGUAAUGAGAUUGGCUAAGGAUAUAAGGAAAAUUUCCAAGGAACCAUCAAAAGAAUACAAAAUCUUAAAGGUACUUCAAAAACUAAUCAAAGAAGAAAGGGAACUAACCCAGGAAGAAAUAGCAAUGACAAAGGUAAAAAGGUCACUCUUUGUUAAGGAGAGGAACCUAAGCAAGCACCAGAAAAAACUUGAUAGCAAAGAGUGGGAUUUUUCUGAAAAACAAGUAGAAAUGACCAAAGAUGAGAAAAAACUGGCUCAGAAGCAGAGAAAACUAGCCAAGGAACUGAGACGAUUGGCAAAGAAAGAGGAAAAAGUGGUUGAGAAAGAAAGCAAAUUGGCCAGGGAAGAGAGAGAAGUCAUACAGCAAGAGGAGGGAGCAGUAGAGGAAGAAAAAGUGGUCCCAUUCCCUAAAGCAAGGUGGAGAAAGAGAAAACAGCUAAAGAAAGUUAAAGAUAGACGAAAGGAAGAGUAUCCCAUUCAAGUGGAUGAGGUGGAAAGUGAAGAGAAAUUUUGUGAAGAAAUGGAAAGUCUGUUAGAUGAAAUAGAGCAUGAGAGUUUGUCUGAAGAGGAGGUAGAGGAGAAGAGCAAAAGCGAAGAGGAGGAGGAGGAGGAAGAGGAGGAGAUGGAAGAGGAGGAGGAGGAGGAGAAAGUAAAGGAAGAAGAGGAGGGAGGAGAGGAGGAGAAGGAAGAAGAGCAGGAGGAGGAAAGCAUGAGUGAAGAGGAAGAGGAAAGUUUGAGUGAGGAGGAAGUGGAAAGUUUGAGUGAGGAGGAGGUGGAAAGUUUGAGUGAGGAGGAGGUGGAAAGUUUGAGUGAGGAGGAGGUGGAAAGUUUGAGUGAGGAGGAGGAGGAGGAGGAAGAGGAAGAGGAGAUAAGCAUAUCUGCAGAAGAAGGGGUCAAGGGAAAAGAGAUCUUAAAAAAAGAAGAGGAACUAUUUAAGUUACAAGAAGAAAGAAGAGAAGACCUAAGAGUAAGGGAAACAGUUCCUUUUGUAGGAAAAGGAGUCUCUGAGGUCAAAGGCAGUGGUAUCAAACUGGGAGUCCUAAAAAAAAGCCCCUCCAAGAAAAUGAUCUCAAUAGCUCUGGGGAGGGAAGAGAUGAGGCCAAUGCCAGUGGUGAUGAAACAAAUAUCCUGGGAAGACGAGAAGGCCACAGUACUUGAGAUGCCCAGGAUAGUCUCAGAGAAAAAGUUUUGGGAUAAACAAAAAGAACUGUUGGAGAAAUUUAAGCCCUUAUCUCUACAAGUUUUUGAUACAGUUUUGGAGUCCCAGGAGCAGGACAUAAAGACCCCAGUCAUGUCCCGCAUAGUUGGGAAAACCAUGGAAGCUCAGAAACUCCAAUAUAAACCACCAGAUGUCAGUUGGAAGUGGGUUUUGGAACGUCAUAAAUCUCCAAAGAGGUGGACUGAUGUACAUUUACCUGUCCCCCAAAUGCUAACUGAAAAACAAUAUUCAGAGGUAAGUCUCUCAGAUGUAGAGUGGAUCCACCAUGUUCUAGAACAGAUGGAAGCAGGAGAGCAACUUUCCAGGGAGAGUUUCCACAGACUGUGCCAGCUUCUCAAAGAUCUCACCUCAAAGGGAAACUUAGAGUGGCUGCAUCUAGCUAAACUUCAAACCAUCGUGCAGCAUCAUGUACAGGCCCUGGAAUCACGAGGCACAGGUACCCCAAAACCAAGUAAGGAUAUUAUAGGUCCAAAACACCUGAAAGUGAUCCCUCCUAUAAAAGGAGAGGAAAAGAAGCACUGGCUAAAACCUUUGCCUUUUCCCACACCAAAGUCUCCAUUAGCUACCAACAGGAUUCCAGAUGCAAAGACUGUAGAUGUAGAUAUUUUAGGAGAGGCCUAUAGAAGGGGGAAGGCACAGCAGAUAUCCAGUGCUGUCAGGGAGAUGGAGAUGCAACAUUUGUAUCCUACCACAAGAGACAUUUUCACAGGUGCUCAUGCACAAACCCAACCACUGAUACUUCAAAAGGAUCUCUGGACUUUAAAGGGUAAAAGCAGGUUUCUCAAAUUGCCUAAGUUGGAGAAGAAGGCACAGCCCAUCACUAAAAAAAGGGAAGCGGUGCCUAAAUGGGAGACAUUUGUGGCAGUGUACCAUGUUUUGCGGAUGUUGCAGCAGCAAUGUGCAAAAGACAGCAUUGCUUGGAUGGAACAUUUCUACCAGCUCAUGGACCUGUACCAACUUAAGUCCCCCCGUAUCCAGAAGCUAUUACAGGAUCUACUACUGAGAGAGGAGCCCCAACCUCAAGCAGUCAUCUACAAAGAGGCCCUAAAGGCUGUGGAACUAGUUCCUGGGGAGCGGUUGUUCUACUGCUUUUGCUGUGGUGGUUCUCACACUCCUGGAGAUCCUCUUAAGUUCCAGGAGGUGGUGUCACUCCCAGGGCAGAACAAUGUACGCACCAUCCUUCCCAUGGGCAUCGCCCAGUAUGGGCUCUUGGAGCUUGCCUGGAAGAGCCUACCACAAGCUGAGAGUCACCUUAGCAAAAAAUUGCCUCACAUUCUCGCUCCUAUCCUCUAA